AUGGCGCGCAUUUUCCAUUUGUUUCUUGCCCUACUUUCAAGUAUAGGGCUUUUGGCAGCUGCAGAGUCACAAUGGCCUCUCCACGAUAACAGCUUAAACACCGUCGUUCAAUGGGAUCAUUACAGCUUCCAGAUCCACGGGCAGAGAAUCUUCGUCUUCUCCGGUGAAUUCCACUACUGGCGCAUUCCAGUUCCAGGACUAUGGAGGGAUAUUCUUGAGAAGAUUAAAGCGGCUGGAUUUACUGCAUUCGCAUUUUACUCCAGUUGGGCUUACCAUGCGCCAAAUAACCAUACCGUUGACUUUUCGACCGGUGCUCGUGAUAUCACACCUAUUUUCGAACUUGCCAAGGAGUUGGGCUUGUAUAUCAUCGUUCGCCCAGGGCCAUAUGUCAAUGCGGAAGCCAAUGCUGGUGGCUUUCCCUUGUGGCUGACGACUGGGGAAUACGGAACGCUACGCAAUGACGAUGAACGCUAUACUGCCGCGUGGAAGCCGUACUUCACUAAAAUGUCGCAGAUUACGAGCAAAUAUCAGAUCACGGAUGGCGAGAACACCUUGUUUUAUCAGAUUGAAAACGAAUACGGAGACCAGUGGAUCGGCGAUCCAAGUGAUCGAGUUCCGAAUAAUACUGCAAUUGCUUAUAUGGAGCUUCUCGAGGCGAGUGCACGGGAAAACGGCAUCAAUGUACCUCUCACCGCGAAUGAUCCUAAUAUGAACUCGAAAUCUUGGGGGAAAGAUUGGUCUAAUGCUGGUGGAAACGUUGACGCCCCUGGCUUGGACUCUUACCCGUCGUGUUGGACGUGUGAUAUUAGCCAAUGCACCUCGACGAAUGGCGAGUAUGUGCCGUACAAAGUAAUGCAGUAUUACGACUACUUCCAAGAAGUUCAACCGACAACGCCGUCUUUCAUGCCCGAGUUCCAGGGCGGUUCUUACAAUCCCUGGGCAGGACCUGAAGGUGGAUGCUCCGAGAAUACCGGGGCAGACUUUGCGAAUCUGUUCUAUCGGUGGAACAUUGGCCAGCAUGUGACGGCUAUGAGUCUGUACAUGCUAUACGGAGGUACGAAUUGGGGGUCGCUCGCUGCACCGGUGACGGCAAGUAGUUAUGACUACUCAGCCCCGAUUUCCGAAGAUCGGUCUAUUGGGGCAAAGUAUUAUGAGACUAAACUACUGGCAUUGUUCACGCGGUGUGCAAGAGAUUUGACCAUGACUGAAUUGAUUGGAAAUGGAACUCAGUAUACCGAUAAUAUAGCAGUGGAAGCAUACGAAUUGAGGAAUCCGCAGACCAAUGCCGGUUUCUACGUUACCAUCCACAGCAACUCUUCCUCUGGGACAAACGAGGCCUUUCAACUUCAGGUCAACACUUCUGUCGGAGGUCUGACUGUUCCUAGCCAUGGAGGUACUAUACGUCUCAAUGGUCACCAGUCCAAGAUUAUCGUGACGGACUUUACAUUUGGUUCCAAGACUCUUCUCUAUUCCACCGCGGAGGUUCUCACCUACGCUGUGUUGGAUGACAAACCUACACUUGUCCUCUGGGUACCUACCGGAGAAUCCGGCGAGUUCUCCAUCAAAGGAGUCAAGUCUGGAUCAGUCAGUAACUGUCAGGGCUGCUCGGGUAUGGGUUUCUACCAGGAAAAUGGUGGUCUCACGGUAAGAUUCACCCAGUCAUCUGGAAUGAGCAUCCUCCAGCUCGACGAUGUACGCGUGGUUUUACUCGAUAGAACAAGCGCAUAUAAUUUCUGGGCGCCUGCAUUGACAAAUGACCCAUUUGUUCCAGAGACAGAAAGUGUUCUGAUUCAAGGUCCAUACCUCGUUCGCGGUGCCAAAAUUACUGAAUCAACUCUUGCAGUGACUGGUGAUUCUGUGGAUGCUACGAGUAUCGAGGUCUUCGCACCCCAGACCUUGGAUACAAUCACCUGGAAUGGCAAAGAGGUCAAAACCACGAGGACGGAAUAUGGAAGUCUGCGGGCUUCUCUUGCUGCACCACCAUCUAUUAAGUUACCCUCGUUGACAUCGUGGAAAACAAAAGACAGUCUACCAGAGCGGUUGCCAUCAUAUGAUGACUCUGGUGAGGCGUGGGCUGAUGCCAACCAUAUGACAACUUCGAAUCCACAUAAACCAGAAACUUAUCCCGUUCUUUAUGGGGAUGAUUAUGAAGGCUUCCACAACGGCAUCCGUCUCUGGCGAGGAUACUUUAACAACACCGCGAAAGGCGUCUACCUGAACAUCCAAGGAGGAACAGCUUUUGGCUGGUCUGCCUAUCUGAACGGCCACUUCCUCUCCUCUUACCUGGGCAAUGCAACAGAAACCCAAGGAAAUAAGACCAUCCUCUUCCCAUCUGAUAUCCUCUCCACAAAACCAGAAACGAAUCCAAAUACCCUCCUCAUCAUCCACGAUGACACAGGCCACGACCAAACAACCGGCGUUCUCAACCCGCGCGGCAUCCUCGAAGCACGUCUCCUCGACGAAGACGAGAAAAGCAGUGAAGACCUCGCAUUUACGCACUGGCGCGUUGCAGGUACAGCUGGAGGAGAAUCGAAUCUCGAUCCCGUCCGCGGCGUAUACAAUGAAGACGGACUAUACGCCGAACGGAUGGGCUGGCAUUUACCCGGUUUCGACGAUAGUGAUUGGUCUACGAUUAACACAACCACGUCCAGUACUACCAGCAGCCCCCCAUUAACAUUCACCAACGCAACCAUCCAAUUCUUCCGAAGCGUCAUCCCCCUCGACCUCCCCAACAACACCGACACAUCCAUGUCCUUCAUCCUCUCCACUCCAUCCACCAGCAGCAAAGCCUACCGCGCCCAAAUAUUCAUAAACGGGUACCAAUACGGCCGGUACAACCCCCACAUCGGGAACCAGGUGGUCUUCCCCGUUCCGCCGGGGAUACUGGAUUACCACGGCGACAACACGAUUGGAGUAGCGGUGUGGGCACAGAGCGAGGAUGGGGCGAGUAUUGAAUUAGAUUGGAGGGUGAAUUACGUUGCUGAUAGUUCGCUGGAUGUGGGCCGUUUGGAUGAGGGGGGAUCGCUGAGGCCGGGGUGGAGUGAGGAGAGGUUGAGGUUUGCGUGA